GGCUGCUCUUGAACCAAGUUGGUAUGGGGAGCUGCCCCUAAUGCUAAUACACAAGCUGCCGAUGGGAUAUAUGCAUGUGAAUUUUUAGUUAACUUAGUGUUAAAUCAAAUUUGGGAACCAGCACAAAGAACAGGCACUAGUGGAAAGAGGCAACAUUUGGGGCCCUUGCAAAGGGAGGAAACGUGCCAGAAUUUGCCAGUGAUGCUGCAUGUUGCAAUUGGGUCUGCUGAUAAGAGUGUACAUUUGGGAUGUGUAUAUAAGCACUGACGUGGAGCAGCUUUUAAUUCUCAUCCUGAAGUUGGAUCUCUUUUCCAAACAGGGGUGAAAGAAGCAAUCCAACAUGUACUCACCACUGCCCAUGACUGUCUUGGCUUUUGUCGGCUUCCUGCUACAUCCAGAAUCAGAAGGUCACUCGAUGCCCACAGUUCCCCCGAGAGAGAAUGAUGCUGAAACCCACCAAUUGACCUCUGAUUCCAGCCAGGCUCAUCUCCACACCCUCCUUAGUUCCAUAUCCUCCAAAUCCCUCCAAUUCCAGAUGCGCCAAAAGGGUGUUUCCUGUCAAGACCUGAUGCCUGAGGCCCUGGGAGAUUUUGCCAAUGUACCCUGGAAGUCCCAGAUCCUCAUUCGAGCUUCACUGGCUCUUGCCUUGCAAAGUGCAGGCUGUGACUGGCAUGCAGAAACCUUGGUCCUUCGCCUCUACAAAGAUCUGGGACAGGCAGACACAGAUGCCCUCCUGUUCACAAUGGUAGAAGCACUGGGCACAGCUAAGCCCCCUGGUAGGAACAGUAGCAGUGCCACUGCCUUACAGUUCAACUUAGAUCAGCUGGCGCCCACCCAAACCUGGCACUGCAGAGGUUUGAGGCAAGUGAAUGGUGCUCUCUUGCAUGGCCAGGGACACAGCACCCACAGAGGGUUUCUGGCAGCUUCUGUAGCUUGCCACCACCUGGGUGACUCUUGUGCUGGGGUGUCUGUCAAUGGCACCAGUUCUUUCCAAGUGGUGGAACGAAAUGGCAGCUACUACCUGCCACACCAUGGUGCUCGUUCCUGGCUCCAUCAGUGCCACAGGCUUUCAAGAGUCCAGCGCUCUAUCCCAGAGGACUGUGCUAGUGAAAGGGAGCAAAAAGUCCAUGCGGUCAUGGAGUGGCUACCCGUAAUCAGUACCUUCUACAACUUCGGAACCAGCAUUUACUAUGCAACCCAGGACUGCACAGACCUGGCCAAGGACCGUGCUGUGGAGGGUGCCAUAGACCUGGGCUACGAUGCCCUGGUUGCUAUGACAGGUGGGGCAGGAGGGGGUAUUGCAGUAGGGAUUUCAGCAGCAGUCAAGCCAGGAUUCAAAGCAGGGGUGCGUUAUUUGAUAGACUAUUUCAAUCAGCAGCAAGAGGAGCCUUACACCGUCCCUUCCAACUACUCUGGCCAAGUUAUCAUCCUGUAGUUGUAACCACUCAGCACCUCCUAAGCAGAACACUGGAAAUUAACCUUUUUGGCCUGCAGCUCCCAUAUUCCCACAGCCAUCAUGGUCACUGGCUGGAAGAUUCUGGAAGCUCGAGUCCAAAAAGUCAUGGCUCUGUAUACUUUGAAUUUGUUUCCUCCUCUACUUGCUCGUUUUCUGCUCCUCAUUCCAGGAUUGCAGCUGCGCUUCAGAAAUAAUGCAGUUUGACACUGCUUUAACUGUCAUGGCUCAAUGCUUUGAAAUUCUGGGAUUUGUAGUUUGUUGUGGCCCUAAAGCUCUCUGACAGAACUAUAUCUCACAAAACUACAAAUCCCAGGAUUCAGUAUGAUCAGUGUCAAAUAGUAUUAUUUCUGCAGUAUGGAUGUGUUCAAAAACUCAAGAUUUAUGCUUUCCAGUUAACAUUGAUGGGUGCUGCAGUCUGCAAAAAAUAAAUCCACAUGCUCACUGCAAUACAAAUCCAAUCUUCACUUGUCCAGUACUGUCUGCACUCAAAAGCAUGUUGAGAAUUGUUCUCGGAAGGACAUUGUGUUGUGCUAAUUGUGACUGUGGUUGGUAUCAUUGCUUUGCUUUCCCUCACUUUGAUCAAAUGCCACCAAAGACAAAAGAGAGGAAGUGCCUUGGAUACAGUUACACAAACAGAUAAACUCUUGUCAGAAUAAUUAUUUCUGAUGCUGCUAUUGUUGUUAUUAGCUCCACAGUCUAAUAGCAGUUACUGGAUGAAAUUUUGAAUCAUUGAUUAUUUCAAAUCCAUUAAAUAAUCUAGGAUUCAGGCAAGUAUUGUCUGAUAA